AUGAAAAAAGGCAACCCUUACCUUACCCAUCGACAUCCCACUGAGCGAGCCACUUCAAGCACGAGCACUCUCAAUGAUGCUAGGGCCUCCUCGGGAGAGCCUCUCUUUGGUUGUGUUCCCCGAAAGGUCAACGCUGACCAAGUUCGCCUGGCAUUGAAACAUGACUUAAACCCAUUCACAAAGCAGCCCCAUACUACACAAUACAAAAAGAUCCUUGAAGCCCGCAACAUGCUCCCCGUGUUUGUACAGAUGACCGACUUCUACAAGAUGUUCAACAAAAACCAAAUCAUCGUCGUGGUCGGCGAGACCGGCUCAGGCAAGACCACACAUUAUAAUAACCUCUUUGUCGCUGAUAGAAUACCCCAGUUCGUCGCCUACUCAGAUCUUCCGCACACCAAGAACAAGAUUGUGGCAUGUACCCAGCCCCACAGACUUACUGUCAUGUCUGCGGCUAAGCGUGUAGCAGACGAGAUGGACGUCCAACUCGGUCGACAAGUUGGUUACUCCGUACGUUUUGAAGAUAUGACAGAGCCCGGGACCACCUUCCUCAAAUACAUGACCGACGGAAUACUCCUCCGUGAAGCCAUGAACGACCCUGAUCUCACCCGCUACUCCACCAUCAUCCUCGACGAAGCCUACGAACGCGCCCUCGCUACCGACAUCCUUAUGGGCAUCCUCAAAACCCUUGUCCAACGACGUCCAGACCUUAAGCUCAUCAUCAUGUCCGCCACUCUGGACGCUCUCAAGUUCCAGAAGUACUUUGCUGUUUCUGGCAGCAGCCUCGCUCCGCUAUUUAAGGUCACUGGUCGUGCAUACCCUAUCGAGGUGUUCUACACUCAGGUGCCGGAGCCGGAUUAUGUCGAGGCUGCCAUCCACACUGUGCUCAUGAUACAUCGCGCCGAGGAACCAGGAGAUAUCUUGCUGUUCCUGACGGGUGAGGAGGAGAUAGAAGAUGCGUGUCGCAAGAUCAAGCUCGAGGUGGACGACCUCAUCAACUCCGACCCCGAGAGUGUAGGCCCUCUGAUGUGCAUCCCUCUGUACUCGUCGCUACCGCCUCAGCAGCAGCAACGUAUCUUCGAUCCACCUACCAAAGCAGGCGGUCCGGAUGGCCCACCAGGACGCAAGGUCGUGGUGAGCACGGAUAUCGUGGAGACGUCGCUGACAAUCGACGGGAUCGUGUACGUCGUGGACCCGGGAUUUUCGAAGCAAAAUGUGUAUAACCCGCGGCUCCGUGUGGAGAGCUUACUUGUGAGUCCGAUCUCGAAAGCAUCGGCACAGCAGCGUGCGGGCCGGGCUGGGCGAACGAGGCCGGGCAAAUGUUUUAGGUUGUACACGGAGAAGGAAUUUAGGUCGGAGUUCGAGGAACAGACGCAACCAGAAAUUUUGAGGAGUAAUUUGGCGAAUACGGUGCUGGAGCUUGUCAAGGCGGGGAUUAAGGAUCUUGUCAGGUUUGAUUAUGUGGAUGCGCCAGCGCCAGAGGCACUAAUGAGAGCACUGGAACUACUGAAUUACCUCGCGGCGUUGGACGAUGAUGGGAACCUCACGGCAUUGGGGAGCAUCAUGGCUGAAUUUCCUCUGGAUCCACAUCUCUCAAAGAUGCUGAUCGCCAGCCCAGAGUUCAAUUGUAGCAAUGAGAUCUUAACGAUCAAUGCGAUGUUGUCAGUACCAAAUGUAUGGCUGCGGCCUAAUAACCAGCAAAAAGAGGCAGAUGCUGCAAAGGCGCUACUUACCGUCCCUGAUGGUGACCAUCUAACGCUUCUUAACGUGUACAACAACUACAUCCAAAAUCAAUACGACAAAAACUGGACCUGGAAUAACUACCUCUCCGCUCGGGCGCUGAUGCAAGCAGACAACGUGCGCGAGCAGUUGAAACGGACGAUGGAGCGGUUUGAGGUGGAGCUCGUCAGCUUGCAAGAUCAGAAGAAGAUGUUUAUGGCGAUUAGGCAGGCGUUGUGUAGUGGGUUUUUCAUGCAAGCUGCGCAUAAAGAGGGAAACCAAGGGUAUUAUACGACCAUGAAGGACAAUCAGGCGUGUUGUUUUGAUUUGGGUGGGGUCGUGGCGUUGCAUCCAUCGUGCGGACUGGAUACGCAGCCGGAGUGGGUGAUUUUUCACGAGUUCAUAUUCACGACAAGACCGUAUAUACGGACUGUCACAGAUGUCCGACCAGAGUGGCUCGUCGAGUACGCGCCCUUGUACUUUGAUUUGAAGAAUUGGCCAAAUGGAGAGACGAAGCGUGCAUUGAUCAGGGAUAUAAAGCGUGCGUCGACGAGGUCUACGAACAAGGGGUCUACGAACAAGGGGUCAAGCAAGAAACGACGCAAAGCGGCGCGCGUUGGUAGAAGUGAUCAAGACGUCGAGCUUGGUAAAAGGGAUGAAUAA